AAGAUGGCGCCGCGCUGCAUCAGGUGACCUUGUUUUCCUAUUUUUUCUUCGUGGCCAAUGUUGGUACAGAAAUGCGGAAGUGAAUGUCCUCUCGACAGUACAUUGGUUUAUUUGAACUUCGAAAGGGGACAACGUUGCCCGCUAUUGGCGUGGGUGAUGUGGCAGUCAAAUCCAUCAGACUUUUUGCAACCACGUCUGAGUUUUAGUGGUUGCUGUAUCAAAGUGAUGUGUCGACGUGAAAAUAGCAGGCUAUGUCGGAGCUGUUUGUUGAGGUGACCAUGGUUAAUAUGUUACCGUGCUCAACAGAAGCUGCUCACGGUGUUCUGUUAUGAUUGCUGCGCGCCGUUUCAUGUGGCAUUAACAGGCUACGCAGACCUAAUCGAAUUGCAUGUCCAGCAAGGCCUCCACGCUGUUAUGGUAUAUGAACAGCUGAAGAGUGAUUGGCUAGUACACCGAACACUACUAGAAUCGAAUAGCUGGUCCGUAAUCGAGGAAGGCUAUGGUGGAUGGCGUCGCCUUUAUUCAUGGUCGACCCAUUCCAAACACAGAUCUCUAAAGUGUGAGAUCAAGAAUUUGUUGUUUUUGGUGAAGUAUAUGUACAUCUCAGAGUGAAGUGACACAGACAAGCAGGGUUGGCUCAAUGGCUUUGUUUAUUUCAUAUUUUAAUAGUCAAGUGUUCAUUUAGUUUGAUGAUCAAUAUAUCCCAAUCAUCGUGAUAGACUACCGUGGGCCUUGAACCUAGCAGCGGACCAACCAAACCCCACCCAAUUCCAAAUGUUUCACUCAUUGGUAGAGGGAGUCGUUGAUGGUAUGUUCGCUUUCUAUAGGGCUCGUGCAAUUGGUUAGUGGUGACGACAAUCCCACACCCAACUCCCACCUACCGAGAGAUCAAGUUUGGGAGACUUGCAGGAGCUAGUGAAGGGGGGUUAUAGCUGCAUGCAGCCGAGACUCAAGUCCAACUGCGCCCAUUGGGUUACUAAAUCAGUAAUCUAGGUCUCUCAAGAUGGAUAUGAAGAAAAGAAUUCACCUGGAGUUGCGGAAUCGAACGCCGUCAGACGUCAAAGAACUUGUGCUCGAUAACUGCCGGUCAAACGAAGGUAAAAUCGAGGGCUUAACAGAUGAGUUUGAAGAGCUUGAAUUCUUAAGCACAAUCAACGUUGGCCUAACCUCUGUCGCCAAUCUACCAAAACUAAACAAACUUAAAAAGCUCGAGCUCAGCGACAACAGAAUCUCGGGAGGUUUGGAGGUACUAUCUGAGAAAUGCCCGAACCUGACGCAUCUCAACCUCAGCGGCAACAAAAUCAAAGACCUCAGUACCAUCGAGCCCCUGAAAAAACUGGAAAGCCUUAAAAGCUUAGACCUCUUCAAUUGCGAGGUGACAAACCUGAACGACUACAGGGACAACGUGUUCAAGCUGCUCCCUCAGUUAACGUAUUUAGAUGGAUAUGACAAGGACGACAAGGAGGCGCCUGACUCUGAUGCAGAGGCCUAUGUAGAGGGCCUGGAUGACGAUGACGAUGACGACGAUGAUGAGGUAGAUGAGGAGGACUACGAUGAAGAUGCAGCACCAGGCGACGAUGAUGAAGAGGAUGUAGAUGAGGAUGACGAGGAUGAAGAUGGAGAGGAGGGAGAAGAGGAAGAUGAUGUCAGCGGAGAGGAAGAGGAGGAUGAGUUAAAUGACGGUGAGGUGGAUGAUGACGAGGAUGAAGAAGAGGAACGGGGUCAGAAAAGGAAAAGGGAUCUGGACGAGGAGGGAGAAGAGGACGACGACUGAGGCUGUUAUUAAGGAACCACCCCCCACCCCCCCACCUUUAUUGUCAUCCAACUAUUUUAACCCUUUACGUGUUUGUCACAAGAGUCACACUGUUUUGUUGCCAUGGCAGAGGGAGAUAUGAAGAUGGCGUGGGAUUAGUUGUGAAAACGGGGAUCAUUUUUUUCCCCCUCUUCUCUUACCUUGAAACAGUCGCUUCUGUUUAUUCCAUUCCACCUCAAAGGUGGUUUUGGAAUAUAUUUUGUUUGUUUAUUUUUUAAACCUUGUUUAAAAAAACAAACCUCACCCACUAUGUUAAGUUUUCAUUAUCAAUGCCUAAAAAUGUGUAUACUGUUUUCUGGUGGUGAUAUUUAAGAUUAAAAAAAUCACAUUUUUUAAAAUGGUGCAUGUCUGAAUAUUUUAAAAGCUGACUACUGGAUUUUAAUGAGGUCUUUUCUUAUCCACUCUUCUCAUUGUCUUUUAUUUUUGUGUGGUUUUGAGUUCUUUUGAUGUCAUCAUGUAUGUGUGUACAUUACACGAGCGCAUACAUGUUAUCACCUUCAAAUGUGAUUUUCUGUUUUAUUGGAUUUUUUUGAGGUCAAUGUCUGCCCUUGUCAGAUGCAGUCCUAAGCAUGGAUAGUCAAUAGAUUUCAUGUUCUUUGUAAAUAAUGACCAAAUAUAUUUUUUUCUAUUACCUUUGAUAAUGGCAGACAUUUAAGUCAUUUCUGUGUAUCCAUUAACUGUAAUAAAAUGGGAAAAACACGUCA